GGGCGAGGCGAGACGCGCGAGGCUGGCCGGUCCCGGAGCGGGCACCGGGGGCAGGUCAAGGCGACGCGGAGCCACGUCCCUCUCAGCACCGCUCAUCCUAGAACCCCACGGGCGCUUGUCCCACCAGCGCGAUCUGGGCGGCUGGACCGGCGCUCGCCGCCUUGUCCUAAGUUAAGUGUCCGAGUCGCCGGGAAACUCAGUCGGCGAAUUGGCCACAGGAAGUUUAUUCUCGGGCUCCUUUUCUAAAGGAGGAAACAGAAGUUUCUCCACACCGACAGCUUUUCUUUUUUGCCCUUUUGGCACCCUGUGAGAGAGAUCAGGGAAGGAGUCCCCGAGACCUGUCAAGCGACACCCGCCGGCUCCUAGUCGUUUUUCGUUACCCAUUUUUCUCCAGCCCGUGGGUCCCGGCAGAGCUCCGGCUGCGCGCGGGGGCGGAAGGGCGCGCGCAGGGGAGGGACCGAGGGACGCGCCGACUUUUUAGAGGGAGGGACCCAGUGGACAACCGGUUCCGCGGAGCUUGCAGAGCAGAAACGAAGUGCGGUGCGCGGCGAUCGGGGGUCACUUCCCGAGUGUUGCCGCCUCCCUGUCUGCCGUGGUUAGAGGACAGCCCGAGAGUGAAGAACCCGGCCGGUGGACCUACGAGCGCGCAGCAGACUGUGCGCGGCCGCGGCGAGGGCGGGGAAGAAAACCACCCUUGUUUCCUCUCCGGCCCCCACCGCGGAUCAUGUACCAGGAUUAUCCCGGGAACUUUGACACCUCGUCCCGGGGCAGCAGUGGCUCUCCAGCGCACGCCGAGUCCUACUCCAGCGGUGGCGGCGGCCAGCAGAAGUUCCGGCUAGAUAUGCCUGGCUCGGGCAGCGCCUUCAUCCCCACCAUCAACGCCAUCACCACCAGCCAGGACCUGCAGUGGAUGGUUCAGCCCACAGUGAUUACCUCCAUGUCUACCCCUUAUCCGCGCUCACAUCCCUACAGCCCCCUGCCAGGCCUGGCUUCGGUCCCUGGGCACAUGGCUCUCCCCAGACCCGGCGUGAUCAAGACCAUUGGUACCACCGUGGGGCGCAGGAGGAGAGAUGAGCAGCUGUCUCCUGAAGAGGAGGAGACGCGGAUCCGGAGGGAGAGAAACAAGCUGGCUGCUGCCAAGUGUCGGAACCGUCGCCGUGAGCUGACGGAGAAGCUGCAGGCGGAGACAGAGGAGCUGGAGGAGGAGAAGUCUGGUCUGCAGAAAGAGAUUGCUGAGCUACAGAAGGAGAAGGAAAAACUCGAGUUUAUGUUGGUGGCCCAUGGCCCUGUGUGCAAAAUCAGCCCCGAGGAGCGCCGAUCACCCCCGACCUCCGGGCUGCAGUCCUUACGUGGUACAGGCAGUGCCGUGGGCCCUGUGGUGGUGAAGCAGGAGCCUCUUGAAGAGGACAGCCCCUCUUCCUCAGCGGGGAUGGACAAGACCCAGCGCUCUGUCAUAAAGCCCAUCAGCAUCGCCGGGGGUGGCUUCUAUGGGGAGGAGCCUCUGCACACCCCCAUCGUGGUGACCUCCACACCUGCCAUCACUCCAGGCACUUCAAACCUUGUCUUCACCUACCCCAGCGUCCUGGAGCAGGAGUCGCCUGCGUCACCCUCAGAGUCCUGCUCCAAGGCUCACCGCAGAAGCAGUAGCAGUGGGGACCAGUCUUCAGACUCCUUGAACUCCCCGACACUGCUGGCCCUGUAACCCCAUGCUCCUCUGGCCAAGUCUGGAGGAGUCCUUGUCAGUGCCACACCCUUCCCGGGGGACCAGCACCUUUAAAGCACUCCAGGGCCAUGAGAGCCAAAAAGGGCGCCCUGGCUCUGGGGACCCAAUGGGACUUAGCGGUGAGGCACUGGUUGAUCUCUUAGAAGCCCCGGGACACCCUCCUCCCUCAUUCAUUUUGCAAGCAAAUCCUCUUUCUUAAGAAGCCGCAGAGAACUUGGUUUGGUGACUGAGACAUCUCUCCCGCUUCUGAGGCACCUGGAGCCGGCCUGGAUGGCUCCUGUCUUUUGUUGCUGUCUCCGGAGUGAUGGUGUCCUUUCCUGGCCCGCCAAGCAUGCGCACUGCCUUUUGGUUUCCCUUCCUUCCCUCAGUAUCAGUUUCACUCCCUCUGGGUUAGUUAUAUGAGAUUUGCCAUGACAUUUCAUCUGGGUGGUCCAGAUAUUAAAACGCUUUUAUUUCUGGAGCUGGGGGAGGCAGAUUACCCUUCCACUGGGGCACACGUGUCCUGAAGGGGCAGUCAAAGUGCAAUAUUAUUGAACCUUCCCCUCCCUACCCACCCCAGUGCACUGCUCUGACAGACCACAUGGGCUCCCUGAGUUCUGCAGGCGAUGCUGCCAUCACUGGGAUGCGCCAAGGACCGCUCCCCCCCUCAGUCUCGGAGAUGCCCAUCUCUUUCAGGAUCAGCUUGGCCAGAAGAUAGGGUGUGAGUGCGACAACCAGGGCACAGGUUGGGUUUGCCAAAUGCCUAAUUACCAAGCUGGGAUUGGUGCCAGUGAAGACACAUGGCUGUCUGGUGAGCUUCCCUUCACCUGGUGUCUCGAGCUGGGCGUCUCUCGUAAUUACUGCCUCACCAUUCUGCCCCUGGACCCUUCUCUCCAGACCUGGGAGGCAACCCCUUCCUAGGAUCCACACAUCCUUCCAAGGCCCUGCUGGGCCCUGCCAGUCCCCAACUCUCAAGGUGACACAACGCAUGGAUAUCUAGUGAGUGUUGGAAUGGAGGGGGGACAGGGAGCCGAGGUAAGGGAUGGUUUUGGCGGUGGCAGCCCCAGGUGCCUAGUCUCCCCUGGCUAUUCUCCUGUCAGUGAGGUG